UGGCAGCUGCUCCUCUGCUCAUAUAACUCAUUACAACUCAUUAUACAACUCUCCAUCGUCAUCAUUAUGUCUUCUGCUGAUCAACUACCUCCAGGUAUUUGGGACGCCCUGGAACGAUCAUCUACUCGAACCAGGCCUACACUGCGACUCUUAACAACUUUCAAAAAUGGUAUCGCAGACGUUUCAGAUGAGGUUGAGGGUGAGGACAUCGCAACAAAAACAAAUCGAUACGAUCUCCUCUGUCCGAGGGAUGGAUGUGCAAGUAUCAUUCUCAAAAAAGGUGUAGGAAAGCUCAUCCAGCGCGAAAACAGCCCUCAGAUCGAUCCGUCAGACCUUCCUGUCAAUGCCCUACUUCCCUCUAUCUCACACCACACCUCUUCAAACUGGUGGCUGAUAACUCCCUCGCCGAUGCAAUUUGAAAACAUUGGAUUCUCCCGAAUAGCUGAAAGCUUACCUGUGUCGCCAUCAGGAAAGAAAAUCAAGUUAAUCGCAUGUGCCGAAUGUGAUCUAGGUCCCCUAGGAUGGUCUGAAGAAGGUGGAACUGAAUUUUGGCUUGCCUCGACGCGAGUCGGGUAUUGUAAUGAACAAUGAGUUUUCAUUGAGAUUCCUCGACUGAAAUGCGGUUUAUAUAUGGUAUUCAGGCUCCCUGUUGUGUUGAGAUUGUCAGUUUCUGCUUUCAGCUCAGUCAGACAGGUGAAAUAGUUCUUCAGACACAGGAAGAAAUAUAACGUAAUUCACAUGAGUUAUGCUUUACUUUACGUGAACAUUAUGAAAAAUUUUUAUUCCG